AGCUUCUGCCGCUUCUGACUCUACUGUCAGAAUCUGGUCCAAACGAGGUUCAGAAGCUAACUGCCUUCAGACCCUGGAAUUUGGAAAUGGAUUUGUUAUGGAUGUCUCCUUAUCCUUCUUGCCUGGCAGUGAUGUACCAAUAUUAGCUUGUGGUGGCGAUGACUGCAAAAUUAAUUUGUAUAUUCAAGAGAAUGGGCAGUUUCAGAAAACACUAAUACUCCAUGGCCAUGAAGAUUGGAUAAGAGGCAUUGAAUGGGCAGUCUGUGGCAGGGAUCUUUUCUUAGCAAGCUGUGCCCAGGAUUGUCUGAUAAGAAUCUGGAAAGUGCAGGCAAAAUCAACUCCAUCUGUGGAAGUCAAAGAUGAGGACUCUAUAAGGCUGAAGGAGAACACUUUUACUAUGAAAAAUAAAAAUACUGAGACAACAUAUGCAGUUAUUCUGGAGUCCGUGUUAGCUGGCCAUGAAAAUUGGGUAUUUGCAGUUCACUGGCAGCCUUCUUUUUUGAAAGAUGGCAUAAUACAACAACCAAUGAGACUACUGUCUGCAUCAAUGGACAAAACUAUGAUUCUGUGGGCUCCAGAUGAAGAAUCUGGGGUAUGGUUAGAACAGGUCCGUGUAGGAGAAGUGGGUGGUAACACGCUUGGAUUUUUUGACUGUCAGUUUAGCCCAGAUGGUUCAAUGAUUCUUGCUCAUGCUUUCCAUGGAGCACUGCAUCUUUGGAGACAGACUCCAGCUAACAGGAAAGAAUGGACUCCAGAAGUUGUGAUUUCAGGACAUUUUAACAGUGUACAAGAUGUAAAGUGGGAUCCAGAAGGAGAAUUUAUUAUCACUGUUGGUUCUGAUCAAACUACUAGACUUUUUGCUCCAUGGAAAAGAAAACACCAGACAGAGGUAACUUGGCAUGAAAUUGCAAGGCCUCAAGUACAUGGAUAUGACAUGCAUUGUCUAGCAAUGACUGGCCGAUUUCAGUUUGUUUCUGGAGCAGAUGAAAAGGUGCUUCGAGUCUUUACUGCCCCCAAGAAUUUUGUGGAAAACUUCAGUAACAUCAGUGGUAUUUCAAUGGAGAAACUAUGUUCCAGUGAAGCUGUUGACCUUCCAGAAGGUGCGACUGUGCCUGCUUUGGGUUUGUCCAAUAAAGCUGUCUUUCAGGGAGAUAUGGCAGCUCAACCAGCUGAUGAGGAAGAAAAGUUUAAUAGUGUUUCGAAUCAGUAUCAUCAGAUUUACUUUCAGCCCCUCAUCCUUACAGAACCUCCCACAGAAGAUCAUUUGUUGCAGAAUACAUUAUGGCCUGAAGUUCAAAAGCUAUACGGACAUGGCUAUGAAAUAUUUUGUGUUGCUUGUAACAAUUCAAAAACUAUAGUUGCCUCAGCAUGUAAGGCUUCCAAAAAAGAACACGCAGCAAUUAUGGUGUGGAGCACCACGUCUUGGAAGCAGCUGCAGAGCUUGUCUUUUCACAGUCUGACCGUUACUCAGAUGACAUUUUCUCCUGAUGACAAAUUCUUAUUAGCAGUUUCCAGAGAUAGAAAUUGGUCACUGUGGAAAAAUCAAGAUAAAAACCCAUUGCAGUCAGAACCCGUUUUCAGCCUCUUUGCGUACACAGACAAAAACACAGCUGUGCAUAGCCGGAUCAUUUGGUCUUGUGAUUGGACCCCAGACAGCAAAUAUUUCAUUACCGGAAGUCGGGACAAAAAGGUCAUUGUCUGGGGUGACUGUGGCUCAGCUGGAGCUACUGAAAGCAGUGGGCUAGGUGCAAUCGACCCUUGUUCUUCAAUACUGGAUGUUGGGGAUUCUGUCACUGCAGUCAGUAUCAGCCAUGUGGUUGCUCCUGAUGAAAGCUACAUCAUUGCAGUAGGGUUAGAGUGUGGGAAGAUUAACUUGUACACAUGGAAGCAGAGUGAGCAGAGACCAGUGUUGACUGAUUGGACCAAAUGUGUCGAGACUGACAACAGCCAAAGUCACACUCUUGCUAUCAAACGGCUAUGCUGGAGAAAUCGGGUGGGCAGAGCUGGACAUAAUGACCAAGACAACAGUGAAUGGUUGCAGCUUGCAAGUUGUGGAGCUGAUCACUGUGUAAAGAUACUAAAUGUUAACAGGUGUGCUCUUUAGAUAAGGCAGCAGACCCAGCUGAGCCAAAUGAAUCUGUAUUUUAGUUUGUUUAACCAUUUAAUUUUUAAACUCCAUUUUCUGUUGUGAAAACAGGAAUGUCUGAC